AUGGAACGAACCCAGAGACCCUCGGCCAUGCUCACUCUCUUCAUCCUCCCCAAAGGCCGAAGAAUCAGAGCAAGCCGUCCUAUUCAAGCUUUUCCGGUGAACUUCGGGAAAUUUGCAGCUCUCGCAUCUCGCAAUGAUCAGAACAACCAGAAGUUAUCGCAACCAAAUAUGCCUUACUCCGUCAAGCAGAAAGAUGUUCCGCAGUGUUAG